AUGGGCGCCCCCGGCAUCUCCGCGCGCGGCCUCCUGUGCCUCUGGCUGGCCUUCCUCUGCGGCCGGCGGGUGGAAGCCGAUCUCAGCUCCGACAUCAAAGUCCUGUCCGAAAUAACCAUCUCCAGGGUUCAGCAGUUCCCGGAGCUGAGCCUGAAGAUCAGCGGCCUGGAGUUCAUCCCCGAGCGGCCGCCCGCCGCGCGCCUGGGCGCCAUCGACCAGGCCCUGGAGCGCUUCCAGCAAGUCCUCGGCCAGCUGCUGGGCCAGGCUCCUGCCGCCCAAGUCUCCAACGACGUGGAGAACCUGCGCAGCCUCCUGCGCCGCCUGGCCGCUCGCCUGGGCUGCGCCCUGCACACGCCCUCCUCGCGGGGAGACCUGGGCGAUCUGCGCGACAGGCUGGCCGACUCCUCCUUCACGGUCGUCUCGGUGACUUUCGACCGGCUCCGGGAGCUGCUGCGCUUCAUUCAAGAGCACGUGGACGACGUCCGGAGCUGCUACUAGGCGGCCGAGUCCCCGCCCGGCCCGAGGGAGAGCCCCCCGCCCUUGCCGGCGGCGGCCCAGCCGGACUGGACCCCCGCGGCUCUCCCAGGGCUGCUUACCCGGGGCGCGCGGCUGAAACGCGCCAGGGCUGCGGCGAGGGGCGCGGGGCUCCUGGGCAUGACGCCCCCGGCCCAUUUCCCCGGGCUGCAUUCUUAAGGGACUGCGAGGAGAGAGCGAACGGAGCCGGCUCUCCCCAGCGCUCUGGCGCCGACAGGGCCAUCCAAGCGAGCCUCUGGUGCAACCCCCCCAAGCUUUCCUCGGAAAGAGAAAGAACUUCUCAGCCCGGCUGGCGAGCGCGGGACUCGGUGUCGGUCUGCCCCGAAGCCCCAGCGCCAAAGCCCCGGCGGAAGGCCCUUCGCCAACGCGCGGCAUCUCCGCCGGGCUGAGCCUGGCGGGGCUGGGGCUGGGGCUGACACUGGGCCGGGCCCCCCGGGCAGAUUCCAGCUACCUCGAGAGCAGCCCAGCGCCGCAAGGACAGCUGUUGGGCAGCGGCACCAAGGCCCUGCUUCCCGGAGGUGCUUUUCAGGCAGGGCCGCUGAGGCUGCUAGUCCGCAGCGCCAGCCCUGGCCGGCCACUCAUUCCCGGGGCAGCUCCACCUUCCGUGCAAAGGGCCGCACGGGUUGGGACGAAAGCUGCCCCCCAGGGC